AUGCAGACUGUCACACUUUUCGCCCUCCUCGCCUGCAUCGCUGUUCCGGUAAGUUCUUUCUUCCUGUAGGGGUUACUGUACGGGUUACUGUAUGCUCCUUUAAUUUCAGAUCCUCGCGAACGAGUGGGACUACUUGCGUGCCCGCCGCGACGCCGUCGUCGUCGAAGGCUCCGGAACAGAAGGAUCUGGAAGCGAGGGAUCGGGCGAAAAGGCGGUGGAAGCAUCGGGAGAAGGAUCCGGAGCGGAAGGAUCCGGAGCCGAGGGGUCUGGGAUCGAGGGAUCCGGCGGGGACGCCGUUCUGGAGUCGUCUGGAGCCGAGGGAUCCGGGGAGAACUCUUCUUCUUCUUCUUCUUCUUCUUCCCUUCUCCACGUCGCCUCGGAUGCUCAGAAGGACGUCAAAGAGCUGACUUCCAGCGAAUUCGCCGUCUCCGUUUAA